ACCCAACGUUGGUUUAAUAAUCUUUUGCUUUACUCGAUGAUUCUGUAAUUAAAGUUGCUUCAAACGUUAUUAAAAGAAAUAAAGUCUGUAAUAAAAUGCCUAUACUUGAACCAGAUACCUGGAGGCAGCAAUAUUUUGAAAACUAUCUAUGUCCACAAGAUGUAAUUAUUCCAACUCAAGAUAUAGAUGCAUAUCAUCUGUUUCCAGAGUACAACUGGGUGUACAAUAAGCUGUUAGUUGCUGAAAAACAAAACUUACCAUGUGGACCUCAUGGUACACUGCCACCUAAAGAUUGCAAGUAUCCAAUAUUUAGUAAACCUAUAUAUAACCUUCGUGGCAUGGGAGCUUGUAUACAAAUUUUUCAAGAUGAAGAAGAAUAUUUAAACUCAAUGAAACCAGGUCAUAUGUGGUGUAAGCUAUUAUUAGGCGAACACUGGAGUUCUGAUGUGGCUCUUGUUGACGGUAAACUCAAAUGGCAAUGCCAUACAAAAGGCCAUGCGUUAAAAGAUGGGACUUUUGAUUACUGGGAGAUUAAAGAAAACAAAUUUCUGAAUACUGUAGUUCAAGAUUUUGUGGAGCGAUUGUUUUCUGGCUACACUGGAAUGAUGAAUCUAGAAACUAUUGAUGGUGUAGUUAUUGAAAUUCACCUGCGAUUUGCUGAUCAAUGGCCUGAUUUAUAUGGUGACUGGUUUGUUCCUUCAUUAGUGAAUUUAUAUGCAAAUAAAGAAUUUACAGUUGGUUUUUCUAAAGGAAUUGGAUAUAGUGUUGUAUUAUUUAAUGAACCACGUCAAUAUAAGAAACCUGCACCAGAAGUAAUAGAUAACUUAAAAAAGCAGUUUUUAAAUGUAACUAGCAUUCAACUGACAUUUGAUGAAAAUGUUCCAUUUAAUUCAUACUCAAAUCCUCCCGGAGGAUAUUCAGUUGCAGUUAUUAAUGGAUAUGAUUUAGAUGAAUGUAAAAAAUUAAGAGAAAAAUUAUUUCAAAUUAUGUGUUAGUUGGUUAAGAAUUUAGUAUUACUUUAUAAAAGGUGUUUUUGUAUACUUUUUUAAUUUUAUUUUGUUUAGCAAUGUUAUCUUUGUUUUAGAAACACUCGGAAAAUACUUUAAUAAACAUUUAAUGCUGUUGGCAGAAA